UGCUCCCCACUUCCCGGCCGCCGCCAGUGACAACAGCUGUGAUGGCAGUGCUGUGACAACACCGUGACAUGUAGAAGUGUUUCUGGCGUGUGUGUCCUACCUACCUCCACCAUGGCGCUCAGGAAGGUGAAGGGGAACUUAGAACGCAUGUUUGACAAGAACCUGACGGAUUUGGUGAGAGGCAUCCGCAACAAUAAGGAGACAGAGUCCAAAUACAUAUCACAAUGUAUGGAAGAAAUCAAGACAGAGCUGCGGCAGGACAACCUGGCAGUCAAGGCCAAUGCUGUGGCCAAGCUUACUUAUCUGCAAAUGCUUGGUUAUGACAUCAGCUGGGCAGGGUUUAAUAUAAUAGAAGUCAUGAGCUCCCCCAAGUUUACUUACAAGAGGAUUGGAUAUCUCUCAGCCUCACAGUGCUUCCACCAAGACACCGAGGUCCUGAUGCUGACCACCAACAUGAUUCGCAAAGACCUGAAUAGCCACAACAUGUAUGACUCAGGCACGGCCCUCACUGGCCUUGCAUGCUUCAUUAAUGGUGACCUGGCAAAGGACCUGGCCAAUGAUGUCAUGACCCUGUUGGCAUCAACCAAGCCCUAUCUAAGAAAAAAGGCAGUUCUCCUCCUCUACAAAGUAUUCCUUAAGUUCCCUGAGGCUUUGAGGCCAGCCUUUCCUCGACUCAAGGAAAAGCUAGAGGAUCCUGAUCCUGGAGUGCAGUCAGCAGCAGUCAAUGUGAUCUGUGAACUGGCACGAAAAAACCCUAAGAACUACCUUAGCCUUGCCCCUGUCUUCUUCAAGCUCAUGACUUCGUCUACCAACAACUGGAUGCUUAUCAAAAUCAUCAAACUGUUUGGUGCCCUCACGCCACUAGAACCCAGAUUAGGCAAGAAGCUCAUAGAACCUCUCACAAAUUUGAUACACAGCACCUCAGCCAUGUCCCUGUUGUAUGAGUGCAUCAACACUGUCAUUGCUGUGCUCAUUUCUAUUUCUUCUGGGAUGCCCAACCACAACGCCUCCAUUCAGCUUUGUGUCCAGAAGCUGAGGAUCCUCAUAGAAGAUUCAGAUCAGAACUUGAAGUAUCUGGGCCUGCUAGCCAUGUCCAAAAUCUUGAAGACGCACCCCAAAUCUGUUCAGGCACAUAAAGACCUUGUGCUUCAGUGCCUUGAUGACAAAGAUGAAUCCAUACGACUCAGAGCCCUUGACUUGCUGUAUGGAAUGGUGACGAAGAAGACUGUGAUGGAGAUUGUGCGGCGCCUCAUGACACACAUGGACAGGGCGGAAGGCACUAUGUAUAGAGAUGAACUUCUACAGAAGAUCAUCCUUAUCUGCUCUCAAAACAACUUCCAGUACAUCACAAACUUUGAAUGGUACAUCAGUGUGCUGGUGGAAUUAUGCCGCAUGGAAGGGACACAGCAUGGAGGGCUGAUAGCCAACCAGCUUAUGGAUGUGGCCAUCCGUGUGGUGGCUGUUCGAGAGUUUACUGUGGGACAGAUGGCAUUACUGUUGGACAAUGCACAUGUUAUUGUUGGCCCUGCUGCUGCUCGUUCUUCCAUAGCUGAAGUGCUCUAUGCUGCUGCCUGGAUCUGUGGAGAGUUCUCACAAUUGCUGGCUAACCCCAAAGCAACCCUGGAGUCCAUGGUUAGAGGGAAGGUUGUGUCCCUCCCUGGCCACAUUCAAGCCAUCUAUGUGCACAACAUGCUCAAACUGUAUGCCCACAUCAUAGCCACAGCUGAAGAGGAGGAUGACACUGAGAUGAUAGAUGAGGUUACCAACCUAUUGCUGGAGCGUCUUCCUGUGUUGGUGUCUUCAGGUGACCUGGAGGUGCAAGAGCGAGCCUCAUGCAUUGUCCACAUCGUGACCUAUGUGCAGAAGUGCCACAAGAAUGGAGAUAAAGUAGGUGUUGACUUGGCUCUCCUCAUGCAGGGAGAACUCAAUCCAGUGGCUCCCAAAGCUCAGAAGAAGGUGCCUCUGCCUGAAGGCCUUGAUUUGGAUGCAUGGAUAAAUGACCCACCAUCUGAGAGCGAGGAGGAAGAGGAUGAGGCAUUGAAAAGGGAAAUAUUCAUAAAGAAUGACUCCUCCAGCAAGCACAAAAAAGAGAAGUAUGAACCUUCAGAGGAGGAGCUACAGAAGCUAAGAGAUGCGAGGAAAGCAGAGCAGGCUAGCAAUCCAUAUUAUGUGAAGUCCCAUUCCAAUGCACUGCCACCACAGAUUGUCAGACCAGAUGAAAUACCUAUAGAAAAUAUUUACAUGAAUGUUCCUCUGAAAAUACAAGGUAUGACAUCAUUAGACAAAUACCAAAUGGUUGAUGGUUGGCAAGACUCCAAAAAGAGGCACAAGAAACAAAAGAAGCGCAGCAAGAAGAAAGGCCGAGCUGUGUCCAGUAGUGAUGAGGAAUCACCUCCAUUGCAUGUUGUAAAUAGAGAUGUUGGGGAGAUGCCAGAAGGAGCUCACUACUCUGAUGACAAUGAUGCAGAUGAACGGCCAGAGGAUGACCCGCACAGAGCUCUUGAUAUUAACUUGGAUGAGCCAUUGGCUCCAAAUGAGGUUCUGCCAACCAGAAGUCACUAUGAAGCAAAGCCUCAAAGAGCAGCUGAGGAAGUAGUAACCUUGUCUUCUGAGACUGCAGGCCAGAAGAAGACAAGAAGUAAAAAAGAGAAAAAGGAUAAAAAAGAGAAGUCUAAAAAGGCUAAAAAAGAAGAAAAGAGAAAGAAAAAAACGUCCAAGGGAGAAGAUAAUCUCAUUUUAGGCUUAGUUGAUCAGUCCCAAGAAAAAACACUAGAGACUCCAGAAGCAGAUACCCAUAUGAAUGGAAUUAGUGACAGUAGCAAAGAGAAGAUGGCAGAUGAUCUGGAUUUCUGGUUGUCUAGAGAAGAGCCUGGUGCACCUGAAGUGCCAGCAGGGAAGGAGGAGCAAGAUGUGGAGCUGGAGAGUGGUGUAGCACAGACUGCAAAAACAGAGAAGGCAAAACCUAAGAAAUCAAAAGGAAAGGAAAAGAAAACUAAAAAGGAAAAAGAUAAAUCAGAAAAGAGAAGCAAAAAGAAGGAAAGUCGGGAAGGAAUACAGGAAGAAGCAGAAGUAUCCAGCCGGAACAGGGAAGAAUAUGAGGAGACCAAUGGAACUGUGUCUCAGGAACCAGAAAGGACACAACCCUUGCCUUUCAUUAGAUUAUUAGCUGAGGACUCUGUUUUGAGGAUGAUGUACACAACAGCAGCCAUGGAUGGGAUCAUGAGUGAAAUUCUAGUGUCCAUUAAGUUUGUCAAUCUUUCACCAAAGACCAUCAGUAACCUUCGGCUUAACCUUCCUGACUCCAGCACUAUGAAGGUGGUCCGCAUGGAUCUUCAAUCAGAUGUCAUCAGCUUUCCAUGGAGCCUAAAUUCAGAGGAGAGCAGAGAGGCUCAACUGACCCUCACUGCAGAGGACGUUACCAUUCCUCACAAACUCAGGGGUUUUAUUUCCUAUUCUCAGGAAGGAGGAAGCAGUGAGUUAAAUGUGCGGUUUGAAUUUCCUGUGAUGACCUUCCUCUCGGGCAAAACUGCAAGCCGCUCCACCUUCACAGAUCUGCUUGGUUCAGGCCAGCUGACUGCGAGAUCUUCCUUCACUGUGCCCAAUUGUCAGCUUUCAUUUCCAGAGAUAUUGGAUGAAAUGACAAGAGGUGGGAGUUUAGCUGUGGUAGAGAGUGUGGACCAGACAGCCUCGAUGUAUGGGCGUUCCCUUCAUGGCCACCACGUGUGUGUACUUGUCAAGUACCAGACAUCUGGCCGCUUAACUGUUGAUGGGAAGAGCACAGAGGGGACAUUGCUCUCUAAUGCUCUGGACCACCUCAAGAGUACUCUUUCACAGACCAAGUAGUGUGACAGCUGGCUGGGGGAGUUCAAGAUCAUCUAUGUAAAUAUAAAUUAAUGUGACUUUUAGACAUGCUAUUACUUGGUGCUCUUUUUAUAUAUAUAUAUAUAUAUAUAUAUAUAUAUAUAUAUAUAUAUAUAUAUAUAUAUAUAUAUAUAUAUAGUAUAUAUAUAUAUAAAACACACACACACACACACACACACACACUGCUUCUCCUUGUCUAGACAAAGGCAGGAAUGAUUCUUCAUGAAUGAUGUAAUUUGAUAUUUUUUUAGUUAAUGUAAAUGAUUAAUUUAUGUUUAGGAAAUUCUUUUGAAUUUUUUUUUUUUUUUUUUCAUCUAAGGCAAAAUGUGCCAAAAAUAAAAUUCCAUUUUUCAUGAUUAAUUAAAAUACAUGACUUGCACAAUGCACCGAGCCACCACAGUGUUCUUUCAGAAUCUGUUGUGGUUCAAUUUCUAUAUGCAUAUUUGAUUUUGCAUCUUCCUUAACCACAUUGCUCACAGAAAAUCUCAGCUGUGAGGGACCUUAGGAUAAGCAGCCAUUUGUUAAGGAAACAUAACUAACUAGUACAUCACAUCUCAACUUUCUGCACCUUCAGAACUUACUAUUUGCUUUCCUAGAAGGGAGUAGGUAUCCAUCAAUAUCAUCAUUAGUCAUCAUUAAUAAUGUCGCCUAUACCAACACAUUCCUCUAUGUGCAAGGACAUUACAAAGGCAAAAUUGUCCUGAUAAGCACCACCACUACCACCACAAACUUCAUCUUCCUCAUUUCUUCUGUUAAAAGUCCUAAUAGACUUGUUUAGUUAUUUUGUUUACAAAGGUCAAGGCUUUAUUGUAAUUCCUCAAUAAAAAAAAAUUGCUCUUUUCUUUUCACAGAGUUUUUUUGGGGGGAUAGUGAACUGCAAAUGCUCACUACCAUAUAUAGAUUUUUUUUUUCUUUUUUUUUUUUUUAUAAUUCAGAGCAUACCAGUACUAAGACAAGCAUUAUGAUAAAAAAAGUUCACAUAUAUUGCCAAAGUUUAUCACUAGAUAGUAAGAUGUGUUGAGGCAACAGAAUCCGUAAAUAUGGAACCAUCAGCUGAUGAAGAGUUUCAUUGAGUGUUGAUGGGUUAGCCAAUAUCUGGGAAAAUCUUGCACCUUGCAAGAGAAAUGAUAUCAGUUGGGAAGUGACUCUUGGAUGACUGGUUCUUAAAUGAGCAACAGUCUUACCCAGAUGAUAGUCACUGGAACACUUUUUCCCUCCCACUAGAGCCGUCACACAACUUAUGUCUACUUCCAGUGUCAUAAAAGAAUUUCCUAGUGGUUAGCCAAAUCACCUUGCCUGUCAUUAAAACAAUAUUUGAAUCCUUUAAUUUUUUUUAGUACUAUGGGUGUUGUAAUAAACUUUGGGUCAUCAGUGCUGAACAAUUUAAUCUACGUAUCAUAGCAGUCUUAUGAAUGAUGAUAAGAUAUUUUAGUGGGCAUUGUAAUAACUUUGUGCUGCUUCUGCUGUUAUAUUCAGUUACCAUUUUACUUUGUUGUUGCAUUGCCUGUCCUUCCUUUGUAAGUGCUUAACAUUUUUUUUUUUUUUUUUUUUUUUUUUUUUUCAGUGAAAGUUUCCACAGAAGAAUGACUGAUGAAGUAAGGCAAUAAAAAUAGCCAUCCUAAUGUCUAAUGUAAUACAUCACAACUGCCCCAUUUUAUUAGCAAACAAUUUAUAUUGUUAGAUCCUAACAAUUUAGUUUUAGCAUUAUAUUUAUGAUAAUGUGAGGCUCCUUUGGAUUUUUGUAAUACCAUCAUGCCUUGCCUUCAAAAACUAUCACAGGUAGAGGAGAAGGGAAUAAUCAAUGCAUUAUAUUUGGUCACAUUGUUUCACACCCAUACUCAUGUGAGAAGAGAAGAGAGGGGUAACCUCAUUAUGAAUUAUAAAUAAACAAGGGACUGUAAAAAAGUGGACUGAAGAUUUUCUGAUGAACGAGUGGAAGAACAAGAGGGAAUGUGUGUGCACAACCUGAGCUACACUUCUCCAUUACCACAUAACAUGAACAUGAGACCCAAGAGACAAGCCAAAACACUUGUUGAAAACACCACAAAGCGUUCGAGAAAGGUAUUCACCUUGCAGAAGAAUUCAGAUUUAGGAGAAGUUACGUUUUGGUAUGAGUUCAGUUACGGUAGGGAGAGCAUAACACCUGAAUCCGGGUUCCGCCUGGCUCAGCUUCUACUCGCCUGCCAGAGUUGCCGGUUACGUAUGCAUUUUCUGGUGUAGUGUUACCACGCUUGGCAACGGAGCCAUCCUGACAGCACUCCCUGAUUGAUUGCUAGUUUAUUGUUGCAGGGGUCAGCAAGCGAGCCUCGUCAUACACUCACACUCUCUCUUACUACCAGUUUCUAUUGCUCUCUAAAUCAUACUUGAAAUAAGAUACGAAACGGUAAUUUUUGAGAUUGACUCCGCACCUCAAAAAUACGACAUUAUGACUCCAUAUUAUAUAGACACUGCACUGUGACUGCAGCAGAAAAUGCAUAACUGGCAACUUGGGCCCGUGGGUAACAGCUGAGUCAGGCGGGACCCGGAUCCCUUAUUAGUGUUUCUAAGGGGGGCAUUAAUUUUAUUCGGAUUUUCGAAUAGUACGGGGGUCCAGGGUCCCUAACCCCCGUACUAUUUGAGGGAUGACUGUGUGUGUAUAUAUAUAUAUAUAUAUAUAUAUAUAUAUAUAUAUAUAUAUAUAUAUAUAUAUAUAUAUAUAUAUAUAUAUAUAUAUAUAUAUAUAUAUAUAUAUGAUGCACACACACACACACACACACACACACACACACCUUUCAUUUGGGAGAGCAUCUCCUGUGCCUUGCCUAGUAAAAUGAUCUACAGUCGUGGUGGCAAAGUAUUCCAUCCUUACACCAUGACAACAUUUAAUACAAUAUUGAUUAAAAUUUUGAAAAUGCAUUAGAUAGUGGAUUAAUGCAUACUUUUUUAUUCUAAAAGCUCAUAGUAUAUUAAAAUAAAAAAUAGUAAAAAGCUGUUCCAUCUUGGGAGGUUAUGUAUAAUAUAAAAAAAAAUAAGUUGUGAGAAUCUUCCAGUAGUGUAUCUUGGCUGGUGAUUUAUGCCCGCUUGCAUGAAAGCAGUGUAUCAUGUUUUAACUAUACUCUGCACAGAAGACUAGACUAAACAUGGCAAUUUCUCAUCAAAGGAAAAGUUUUUGAGUGUCUGAAGCAUGAUAACACCUUUUUUUUUUAAGAACUGGAGUGUUAUUCCAUUUUUCUCUGCUUCAUAAUCAAAUAGAAUGUAGAUAUGCUAUGUGUAGGACUUUCAAGAAAACUGUAUUUGAGAAUUAUCAUCUGCAAGUGAACAUUUGGUUACAAUUCACGGUAUGGAACAUUUGAUUGCAUUACCUCCCAUACAUAAGCAUUCUUACUUCAUACAUUUCCCUGACUACUCAAACUUUCUUUCCAAAAUUACAUUUUUCCUUUCUAAUUUCCAUAUCACUUAAUUUCAUUAUAUAAUUAUCGAGGUUAUAAGUUUGCUUCACUAUCCAAGUGCAAUGUUGCUUGGUGCUGUUUUUUUAUACUUAUUUUCUCCUGAUUUAUUGAUGAUAGUUAUAAAUUAUUGUAUGAUUGUUAAGGUGGACAUAAAACAAAUUCUUAUCAGUACUUGAAUUUAUGGUUGUCCACUCUUGAUAUAUGGUGGAGUGUGGUUAUUGAAAUUCUUUUACUAUAUUUUAAUGUAAAGUGUUAAUUAGAAAACUAAUGCAUAUAUUAUUCUGAUGUUUUACCUUGUCUCUUUGGCCCAUUGUUGGCUAGAGCAGAGGAAAAUUUCUGUGAAAAGGCAGAUCCAUUAAUAGUAGUUUAAUACACUAGCCUCCAUCUUUUCUGCCCAUCAUUGAAUGACUUGGUAUGAAGUGUAACGCUUUAUAUAUAUAUAUAUAUAUAUAUAUAUAUAUAUAUAUAUAUAUAUAUAUAUAUAUAUAUAUAUAUAUAUAUAUAUAUAUAUAUAUUGUUAAUUCAAAAGUGAAUUUUGCUUUUGUUAUUUUUGCAACAUAAAGUUGUAAAGGUGUGCAAUCUUUACCAGUGUUCUUUUUCUCCUUUGUGGUCUGUUCACACUGGAUGAGAGUAGUUAUUUUUAUGCAACCUUCAUAUAUUAGUAAUAUAGUUAUUAACUCCAUCCAUCAGUACUCACCAGACACUCCCUGCACUCUUGUCCCACCCUCCCAUCCCCAGAAAUCUACUCCAGCCCCUGCCCGCUGAUGUCACAUUCAAUUCCGGUUCUCUCUCUACCUCCCUAUUUUGUUACACCUGUAGAUGUGGCAGUGUGAAAAUAAUGCUUCCCCACAAGUCUAAUAUAUCCCUGCGCUCCCAAAGUCUCCCUUACAACCUGACCAUCUCCCCUUACCAGUAGUGUCCUCCAUAAUGGGCUUCACUAUGCUGCUACAUGGGGCAAGAGACACACUGAUAGGCCUGAAUAACCUUACUAAGUCAUCCUAAGAUGGAGUAGGACACUUCCCAUCCACCUACAGCCCACUCAAUGGUGGGAAAUCACAUGGGAAAUAAAUGCUUUUUUUUUUUCUUUGCAUUCCACCAGUUAAUUUUCUUGGUGGGGCCUGAUGGUCAGCCCCACCUGUAAUGGUGCAGGCAAGUAUUCAUGGUGGUGCCAUCUUACUUGGUUCAUGCUGCCCGUGGAGCUCAUCUUUGAUCCUCUUUUAGGGAGAAUCUAGAGUCCAGGUUGAUAAAGGGUCUUCAGGAGCAUGUGGGUAAUCUUAGACCACUCAGUGAUUACUGAAAAUUAUCAGCUUGUAGUGGCAGGUGGUACGCGAACCUGGAUCCCCUACGCCCACUGGCUGACCACUCAGCCACUGCCACCACAUGCACACGAUGCUCCAAUGACCAUGAAAAUGUGUAUAUUUUACGCACACGAUGCUGUACGGGUUAAAAGUACCAAAAAAACUGGAGAUACGGAAACCACAGUUCUAUGCAUUUUGUGGUUUUAAAAUGAGAACGACAGCAACAAUAAUCAAUGCCAUGAGGAUAUCGAUCAUGUUUCCUUCAAUAUGAAACAAAAAAAAAAAAAUACUGUGCCUUUGCUUACUAAUAGUUGAAUGAGUACACUGGAAAGAAAUUAAUUAAAUAUCUUUCUGAAUAUAGCAGCAUGUAUACUUACAUUUAGGAUUUUAGUGCGAGUUAUGAUGCAUCCAAGGACAUUCACUAAUGCAUUAGAAUUGAAAACAUUUUAGAAUGUAUUUUUGUGCUCAGAUUAUUUGCACUUAAACUACCAGAAAAAUGUCAAAACCAUAAUCAGGGACAAUUACAUUUUGUUCUGAUUAGUUCAGUAGUUUUUUGCAUAAACCAUCCAGAUUAUCUGCCUGCACUCACACUAAAAAUACAUGCAAUGUUAAACUAUUUACUGUAUUAUCAGGCUCCUGUGUAAUUUUCUCAUUAAUUUGUAAAAGUAUUAUUGUAUUCUUAUGAAGAAUAGUGUUCUUAAUGUUUGAUUAACAUGAUUGAGUUCUUCAAUUUGCUAUAUAAUCACCUUAAAUUUGUAACAAUAUUACAUUCCAAUUUAAUUUUAAUACUUUGAAUCUCUGAAAGUACUGAUCUUCAGCAUAAUGCUAGCAGUUUUCAAUUGUGUAUAAUUUUUUACUGUUAUGAUUAAGAUUUUUAAUAUAGUUUUGAUAGACAGGCAUUGAUUUAUUGGUUAUUUGGGUCCACGAACCACCUUUUAGUGGUGGCAGUAAUUACACACUUAGCAUUAUCAGUUUGUAAUGGUGUGAAUGCAUGUACAUAUAUUCACAUGAAAGGGUAAUGUCACAUUAUAAUCAUUUGUCUGUUCAUGCUUAUCAUAAUGGCUAAACCCUACUAUAUAAAUAGUGCUUUAAGCAUACUGGAUAUAUGAACCAAAAUGUACAUAAGUGAUAAAUAUGUGGCGAGGUAGGCUGUACUAUUAAGUAUCUAUGGGGGUAGUUUGAUACUGUUGGGUAGGUGCUCGAGGAUGAAGCAAGAUAGAGUUGUAGUGGCUGUCACAGAAAGGCAGAGGCAGCAGGAGGACCCAGAGUGUGGCACUAAGAAGGUGGAGUAGGAACUGUUGAAAAUUUGUGUAAAUAUAUUUCAUAAUAAU